GUUUGUUGGAUUUGUGGCUUAUAUUUCAUCCUUGAUCCUUGCAUGCAAAUAUCGAAGCACUGUUGCCUUCACUAAAACUGAACUAUACAGCUUCUUUGGAAAAUGGAAUGGUGCUCCAUCACUCUCUCCUCCCCUUCUUCCACUUCUCUUCUCAAUUUCCAGGGCCCUGAAUUGCGUACUGGAAAGCUUUGCAAUAAGUCCUUACACCAUUUUGGGGCAUCAUCUGCACUGCCCAAUCACCUUCUUCGGAUUGGUGAGCGAAGAUUAUCUUCCAGACCAUAUAGAGCAACCAUAUCAGCUGAAGCUGGAAGACAAGGUUGGGAUUUUGGAAGAUUUAUAAAAACACUAUACUUCUUUAAUGGACCCCCAUCUCCUGCUAAGUUCUUUGACUUUCUAGUUGAGAAACUGUCCGGUCCAUCCCCAAGUGAAUCAGUUAGUUUAAUGGGAACUUCUGAUAUUGUUCUGGUCGCUGGAGCUACUGGUGGUGUUGGUCGAAGAGUGGUUGACAUAUUGAGGAAGAAGGGAAUUCCAGUUCGAAUAUUGGUCAGAAACGAAGAGAAAGCACGAAGGAUGUUAGGCUCAGAUAUUGACUUGGUUGUUGGAGACAUUACAAAAGAUAGCACUUUGAAACCUGAAUACUUUAAAGGAGUGAAGAAAGUGAUCAAUGCUGCCUCUGUCAUUGUUGGCCCUAAGGAAGGAGACACUCCAGACAGAGCAAAAUAUAGCCAAGGAAUUAAAUUCUUUGAGCCAGAGAUAAAAGGUGAUUCACCAGAAAUGGUGGAGUACAUUGGGAUGAGAAAUUUGAUCAAGUCUGUGAAGAACAAUCUUGGACUUCGAAGGGGAAAACUCUUAUUCGGAUUUGAAGGUGAUAAUUAUAGGCAGCUUUCUUGGGGUGCUUUGGAUGAUGUUGUAAUGGGUGGAGUUAGUGAAAGUACUUUUCAAAUUGACCCAACUGGUGGUGAAAGUGGUGGACCAACUGGUAUUUUUAAAGGUGUUGUUUCGACAGCAAACAAUGGUGGCUUUACAAGUAUCAGAACAAAGAAUUUCUCAGAACCAGAAGAUCUCUCUGCAUAUGAUGGUUUGGAAUUCCGUCUAAAAGGUGAUGGCCGUAGAUAUAAACUCAUUGUUCGCACAAGCCGUGAUUGGGACACUGUUGGUUACACUGCAGGCUUUGACACUGUGAAAGGCGAAUGGCAAACGAUUCAAUUGCCAUUUUCUACCCUGAGGCCUGUAUUCCGAGCAAGGACUGUGUCUGAUGCCCCACCAUUUGAUCCAACCAAUGUUAUAUCACUACAGCUAAUGUUCAGCAAGUUUGAAUAUGAUGGUAAAUUAAAUGGAACUUUUGUAGAAGGUUCAUUUGAGCUCCCGGUAUCCAGCAUUCGUGCAUAUAUAAAAGAACCAAUAAAGCCAAGGUUUGUGCAUGUGAGCUCUGCAGGAGUUACCAGACCGGAAAGGCCUGGAAUUGAUCUAAGUAAACAGCCUCCUGCUGUUCGAUUAAACAAGGAAUUGGGUAACAUCCUCACAUUUAAACUAAAGGGAGAGGAUUUAAUUCGAGAAAGUGGCAUUCCCCAUGCAAUUGUUAGGCCUUGUGCAUUAACUGAGGAGCCUGCAGGAGCAGAUCUCAUCUUUGAUCAAGGAGAUAAUAUUACGGGAAAAAUAUCAAGGGAAGAGGUUGCUCUUAUCUGUGUAGCUGCACUUGAAAGCCCUUAUGCUCUAGACAAAACAUUUGAGGUGAAAAGUGUUGUUCCAUUUAGCGAGCCAUUUACCGUGGAUCCAGCCAACCCACCUCCAGAAAAGGACUAUGAAAAAUAUUUUAAAGAUUUGAAAGAAGGAAUCACUGGGAAGGAAGCCCUCCAACAAGAAAAUCCUCUUCCUGUUUAAUGUGCCUGCAAGCACUUGCAGCUUUGUAUAAUUUUUAAGUCAGCCUUUUUGUAGUUGCACCUAAUAGUCUUCUUAAUCAAAGAAAUAAAAUGUAGUUGAACAAAGCUGCUCUUCACAUCAAUUUUGGUACCUUUUGAGAAUGUAGGUGGUAGUGAAUUAUUUACUUCAGUACUAUUUUGUUCCUC